CAUUGAUCGUUCGCUUUCGUUGUUGCAGGAAAUGACCAUGCCGCCGUCGCCGCUCACGUGCAUAACCCAAACUCCUCGCAAGGAAUACGACUCCAAGUUCAGCUUCAACCCCGUCCUCGCCAAGCUCACCGAUGCGCAGCCCCAGGACACGACCAGGCCUCAGCGUGACAGGCACGCGGGCCACCGGCUGUCUGCGGAUUUGGAGCGCGACCUGAGCUUGUCCGAAAGUAGCGACGAGGAGGAAGCUCCCAAGGCCGCCGAGCAGCCCACCAACAGGCCUGUGAGGGAUGGAAGGAGUCCGGCAAUCAACAAUCCGACGCCGCUGAUUCCGACGAUACCGGGCCAUCCGCCCGUAGCGGCAAUGUCGCCGCUAGGCAUGUCGUCGACGGGCCAGACCGUCUCCAGGCCGCAGCCGCAGUCGCAAAUGCGACCACCACCAACGGUGCAGGCCCAGCAGCAACCGCCGUUGGCGCAGACUCAGACCCAGAGUCUGCAACAGCAGCAGCAGCAGCAGCAGCAGCUACAGCAGCAGCAGCAACAGCUCCAGACACAGCAACAGCAUCAGCAGCUACAGAUGCAGCAGCAGCAGCAGCAGCAGCAGCUACAAACACAACAGCAUCAGCAGCAACAGCUCCAGACACAGCAACAGCAUCAGCAGCUACAGAUGCAGCAGCCGGCCGCCAAAGCCCCAACCAACCAAAGACCGCCGAGUCCGCCGGGAGACGGGCCGGCGAGCUCCGGCAGUGCCUCUUCCUCGUCGGACUCGGGGUCGGACUCGUGCUCCGACAGCAGUGACGACUCCGAGGACGAGGCCCCGAGCGGCAGCCAGCCGGGUCCACACGCCAAGGGCCCGAGCACGCCGCCCUCGGUGUCGCCGCGCGAGGCGCCCGAGGAGCCACCACCGCCGGCCGUCGAAGAGUCCAAGCCGCGCUGGAACCUCAGCUCGUUCCUCACCAAGCCCGAGAAGCCCGAGAGCAGCAGCGGCUCGUUGUCGAACGCCAUAGCCGGCGCCGGCAAGGAGACCAAGACCGGUAAGGAGGAGCUGCGCAGGGAGCCCGGCGCUCUGCAGCCCGAGCGUCGCUCCUCCAGGCACCGCGACUGGGAGCUCGACAACCAGCCCAAGCGCAGCCGUGGCGCCAGCAGCGCCGUGCUCAGCUCGCCCAGCGACAGCUCGCAGCAGAGCGACGUAGACAAGCCGCUCGGCGGCGCGGUCGGCAAAGGCUUGCCGCCCAGGACGCAGACCCAACAGGACAAGCCCAAGGCACCGGACGUGCGCAAACGCGGUCGUCCGCGAAAGACAGACAAGCCCGACAAGGUCGCGCAGCCGGCGCUCCUGGCCGCGGCGGACCCGCUGCCGCAAGAGCCCAAGGCACCAACCAAGCCGCGAUCCCGGCAGCGUACCGGCGCCGGCGCGCGCCCCAAGAAGCAGCCCAUCUCCAAGCCCGUGCUGUCCAGUGACGAGGACGACUUCAGUGACUCCGACUCGGAGCCCGCGGCGGCGCCGGCGCUCCCGGCGCCGCUCACCACCGCGCGGCGUGCCCCCGCCGCCUCGCCCGUGGUUGCUACUGACAAGCGACAUCGCACUUCCAGACAAAGCUUGUCAAGCAGCGACGACGACGACGACGACGACGAAGAGGAGGAGGACGACCACGCCAACGUCGACCACUUGGAGCACGCUAGGAGCAAGCGCUCGCACGAGGUCGAUCCUCAUUGGAACAGUAGCAGGUUCUCCUCCAUCAAGCGCAGUCGCAAACUCGAUUCUCCCAAAAAGCAGGACAAGAAGAAAAGCCCGCCGAAGCCCAGGCGGCAGAGGUCGAGGGUAUCCAGUGCCCCGGAGUGUCCGAGCGAGUCGGACAGCGAGUCUGAAGUGACCCCCAGAACGAACCGCAAGGUGGCUCGAGUUCAGCCGAGGCCGCGAGUGCCACCGACGCGCACAACCUCGCCCGACAACUCGGAUAGUGAUAACAGUCCGGCGUCGGCGAAAUUGCUCGACGUAUCGGGCAACAACAAGAAAAGCGCGCUCCGGCGAUUGUUCGUCGCGAAGAGCGGCAAGGGUGGUAAGGGUGGCAAGGGCGGCAAGGGUGGUGGCAAGUGCGGCAUUUACGUGGAGGAAUAUCAGUCCAACACGCCCACUGGCAGCGAAAGCCCGUACAAACGUCCCUCGUCCGUCAUUCCAGCGGCGGAACGGCCCGUCGCGAUCGAGCGCCACGACGAAAAGAGAGUCAGCAUUCCGCCGAUCACUUACGUUAACGGCGUGCCUCGCAUCAUGUGCAAGAUCGAACUGAACUCGGGAAUUCGUGUACCGCAACACCCAAGGGGCCAGGAAAUCAGGCAGCGAACUGAAAUUCCAGACACCAGGCCGUCUUCUAGGAAUCGCUCGCGCAAUCAGUCACAGAGGUCUUCGACGCCCGAGGAGGGCGAAAUUGUCGAGACACACAGUGGCAGCAGCAGUCGGCACACGGGAGCGGCGGAGGAUAGCGACUCGGGUCCAAGUCACGUCAAGGCAAGAAGAGGUGGUGGCAGUGGAAAUCGUGCGAUAAAAAGUGGCGAAAGCGUGGACGCUAAAUCAAGCGAAGUUAAAGCAAAUCCGAAUGACAGUGCUAGUGGUAACGUUGCUGCGAGCAGCUGCGAAGUACCAACGACCUGCAGCGGAGUCAGGAGAAAACGCAAGCAAAGCUGCAGCUCCGAGUCGAGCUUGAGCACCGUAUCGUCCGUCGAUUCUAAACUGAAGAACGAAUCCAAGGAGGACAAGAAGAAGCGCCGAAAGAAGCACCAUGAGCAACAAGACUGCUCGUCAAGACAUCAACCAAGUGAUAUUCAACCGACUAACCAUGAGCGGCAAGAAAGAUCUGAUGGUCGAGCCAUGUUCGCCCAGCCAGAUCCACUAGUACGCUAUUACUCUUACUUCUACCAUCAGCACGAGUCAGGAGACGAUUUGGACCACUACCAAGACCAUUUUUUGUCAGAGGCUCAGAGACUAAAACAUAGCGCAGAUGAAGAACAUGAAUUAGUCACGCAGGCUCUUCUUUACCUCGAGGGCAUUAGUUACUUCCUUCUCACUGGUCUGGCCAUGGAGUCCGUCUCGAGUCCUGUCUCCUUGGGCGCCGUUUACAGGAUGUACAAGGAAACACUGUCUCUUAUCAAAUUCAUCACAAAUAAAUUCAAAGUACACGCGGAUGAUGCAGUAGAGCAUGGUACCAACGUCAAGUUAAUUAUCUUAUGCUUAUGGGGCCAAUCUUUGAUUACGCAAAAGCUAUUCAAUCUGAGAAGAGGCGAGAUCAAGGACAAUUACGCUCUAUUAGCAGACUACUAUAACAAAGCGCUAUUGCAGCCGGAGGCAGGCCACGCAACGCCGUCUCUUUCGCCGACACCGUCGCCAGGUUCGGUAGGCUCGGUCGGCAGCCAGAGUAGCGGUUAUAGCAGUGGCGAGUUGGCGAACCGUGAGCAUGCGAAUCGCGAGCUGGCUAAUCGCGAGGUAGCUGGUCGCGCCCAACCAGCUCAAGCGUCAGCAGUCGCGUACGUCUCCGUACCUCUCGCCGUAUUCAAUACCAUGCAGAAGCACCACGCAGACUUGGGCAUGUUGAUGAACGUCCAGGAAAAGUGGGAAACGGCUUGUGCUCUCGUCUCCGACAAGCAUAGACCUUUCUUCAUUGAACUGGACGAAACUAUAGGUCCUCUCAGCCCAAGGAGCUCAGUAAUGGAUCUGGUCCGCUAUCUACAAGCCGGCAUCAAGAAGCUCCGUGGCACCUGACCCAGGUGGCAUAGUCCGCGACCGCCUACGCCGAACUAUGUUACUUCCCUGCCUCAUAGCGUCGUCUCCUAUCCGACCAUGUACACGUAGAAGCAAAUACGUAGCGAGGACACGGGCUCUCUUUACGUAUAGACAACGAGACCGGGGCAGUGUGUGCCUUCUCGCAAAGUACACGGAAAGAGAAAGAGAGAUUUGUAUGAGGAGUGAAAGAGAGUCGGGGAUCACUUCUCUUUCCGUUGUUUUAGAAAGACUGGAGCAGCUGUUGCUCGGGACGUGAAUUGUAUGAAAAAUGACUGUUUUUUUUUCAUCUACCGUUUGUAAUAGAGAGAAAUGAUGACCGAAAAGUAGGAUGAUAGGAAUGCAAUCCCGAAACGUGAAAAUGACGAUCACCCGUAGGAAAUUGCCGAUGCGUCUGUCACUAUUACUAUGAUUAUUAUUAUUUUGAUUAUUAUUAAUUUUUUAACUACAUUGAGGGUACAGUUGUCUUAAGAAUUGUAAAGAAAAAAACGGAUCCUUUAUUUCUGUUGUGUCGGUACUUUGAGAUAGAUAAUUGAUUGAUAGAAAAAAAUAAUGUUUUUUUUUUGUUUACUUGUUCGUAAUUAUCACUACUAGAACUAUGAUUAUUGUACAUUUUUAUUUUUUCUGCUUUUUUUGGUCGAUCUUAUCGUAAUCGUUUUUAUGAUAUGAAGUUGUGAUUAGAUUAACCAUUACACGAUGGUUUGUUAAUAAUGAUAUGCAUUGCCGGUAUCAACUUUCCUUAAUUUCGUGGUACGCGUUGUAUAUUUUGUAAAGAUGGAAUAAGUCUUCCGUAUAGCAUGUUGGAAAGAUUUUUUAUCUUUUUUAAAAAGACUGCAAAUUUUGUAAUGCGAUAAGAUAUUUACUUUUGAGAAGUACUUAUGAUUUUAUGCCAAACAAAGAACAAGCAUAGAACGCUACUCCUUUUUUUCAUCAAAAACGAUACUAACUCUGGUUCUAACUUGUACAACCAAUUUAUCGUAUUCACUAAAACUCAAUUUUUUCAAUUCAAUAUAUUACUCUGGCACUCUUACAGAAUUUCGUAAUUUUUAAAAUUAUUGUAUACGAUUUUUUUUACUUUUAAUGCUAUAAUACAGUUAAAACACAUCAACCGUAAUUAGAUUAUUAUUUUCAAUGCGUACUGCAGUUGUGUGGAAGAGUCGCGCGCAAUUGUAGAAUAAUAAAAUUGUUUGCAGGGAUUUAAAAAAAAAUAAUAAAAAGAAUUGAACUGGAAAAGUAAGACAAUGAUAUAGAGUAAGUGUCACGAGUGAGAUCGUCUAAGAAAGUGCCACAGGAAGAGUCGUGGAGGUUACCUGAUAAAAAAAAGCACGUACGUUACGUAGCAUUAAGUGAUCGAAAUGUAAGAAAUAUCGCGAACGAUGAAUAUAGUUUAUUACGUAUACAAAGAAUCUAUAUACAUAUACAUAUGAAUAUAUAAAUAAAUAUAUAUUAUAUAUACACAAGAAUUAUUAUUAUUAUUAUUACUAUUAUUAUUACUAUUAUUACUAUUAUGCAAAUAACAGAAAAGCAAAAAAUGAUAUGUGGAGAUGUAAAAUCAAUAUAGGCGAGCCUCUUACGUUACAAUGUGUCGACAGUUGUACGAGGAAAAAUGUUUAUACUGUGCAAAAUAAAAUAGAAUCCAAUUAUUCCUCUUUGCUACUAAACUGUACGGCAGCAUUGUGACUGUAUGACGAUUGUAGAUAGACAGAUAUGAGAGACAAUGUAUGUACACUAUAUCUCAAGACAAAGAAUUAAAAAGCAAGUUAACGGAUGAUUAUCUCCCAAUUUCUUUUAAUGAAAUAAUAAUGGAAAUUAACUGGGAAUGAUUACGUUAUUUGCAUUAAUUAAAUAUAUAUCGGGGAAAGUAGUGGUCUUACUAGGAAAAACGAGAGAAUACAAUGACUACACGAUGAAAAAAUAAAUAAAUUUAGGAGUACGAACGAAAUUUUUUGUAAAAAUGUUUACAUAUAAAAGUUUAACGCGCAAAAUCAACCUUUCUCGAUGCUUUUGUACCACCUGCAGCCGAAAUCUCCGCUAUCAGAAAGUGUAUUUUUACAAUUAAAUCGGCCACUGAAAAACCGGUUUAAAAUUGAUUAUCGAGAUAAAGUUCUUCAGCGAGGAAGAGCGUCGGAUAUGUUGCGUGGAGCUUCGAAUGAAAGGUUGGAGCAAGUAGAUAAUGAGUAAAAUUAACUCGAGCGCAAAUGAGAAUGCGAAACGAGUACGAACAUGCGUUGCGAGUGAUUCUUUUUAAAUCAAUGUGCAAAGGAUUUAUAAGUAUAUGAAAUAGAAGAAAUGUAAGUUUAUAACGAUGUAAGUUUGCUCAUUGUAUAUUUUUGUAAAUACAAUAUAUGUAUUUUGCGAUCGCAGCCUUCGAGAAGAACUAUGCUAUUAUAUAUGUCUCAACUCCAUUAGAAAAUUGAAACGUACAACCGAAAAGGAAGGUUUUCUCGACUUGGAUUACGUUAAAAUUUAUGAGCAAGGUGCUUAAUUUCUUGUUUUCUUUUAUCUAUGGAAGCUGACGUUUCUUUAGCAUUUCUUUACUUAUUAUCCUUCAACAACUAUCUUUCUUAAGAACAGGGCAACAAAAUGGCAUUUACAUUUGUUUGUGAAAAUUUUGCUAUUGUUUUCCUUUCUAUUACGGCCAGCAAACGUAUACCCGAGGCACUGUAAAAUAAAAGUAAAAUCAAACAAAAAAAGGAUAAUGAAAAUCAAGCGCGGUCCAAUGGUUCACGGGAGACAAUUUUUUAUAGCAUUAUUAAUUGAAUAAUCAAUUGAUAAGAUACAUACAAAAAGGUAUAGAAUGCUCUCGAUUGUACAUACAAGUAGUUAUGAAUCGCACAAAAAGAGGGAAGAGCAGAAUGAGAGUUUUCAGUAAAACACGCAUUUUAUCGAGACAAUGUAUAAUCGCAUGAGCCAUUGGUUAUUUUUAAACUUGCGCAAUUUCGCCCGUUUGUAACGAUAUAACAUCAAUUUAAUACAUUGGUUCAGCACAGUAUGUCUUCAUAAGAUGAUACGUUUCAAAAACACACUGCAUAUGCGUGUGUAUAUUCGCCAUACGAGAGAAAAAGAUGAAUGAAGUUAAAUUUUCGUCAAUGUUAUUUUAAUCUUACGGUAAUAAAAUUAUAUGAUUUUUACUUCAUAAGGAUUAUUCACUUUCAAGUGAAGACUGCAAUUUUCUUUUGCUACUGUCAUUUUCCUAUCUCUUUCACUACAACACAUUUGUAUGAUAUUUUUGAUAUUAAAAUGCAACGAUACAUUAGUAAUUGAAAUUUUGAUGUUGGGCAAAACACGGCUGUCGGAGGAGCUUUUUACGUAUAAUAUUGCCAAUCGAAGUUAAUAUUUCGAUAAAAAUAAGUAGAAAAUUGUUUUUGCAACCUCGCGUAGUCUCCGGGCUCAUUUGUUUCCUGUUUGUUAUCGUCUCUUUCCAUUAUUUAUGAGAACGAUAUUAAGUUUAAGUUAUUAUUUUUAUAUUACAAUUAAUCAUUUUAUUACGGUCUACGUCGACUUCUUUCUUCACUCAGUUUGCGAUGAGCAGUUAUUGUAAUUUCAUCUUGAUAGUUAUAACGACAAUAAUAAUUAUAUGACUAUGACUACGGUCAGAAUAAUCAAUAAUUGGAAUAAUUUAUUAUUUAUCAGUUAGGUUAUCAACAGUUGGAAAUUAAUAAAAAAACACGAGUAAAUAGACGUAGAUUUGUUCAGACUUGAGUUGUCCAUUUGACCCUGUACAUAGUAUCCUUUUUGAUCCUUCCAAGCUUACUGCUUUUCACGAAAAUCACAUAGGAUAGUAUAUCACACAACUGAAAGAACUGUAAAAUAAUGGCUCUUUUUUUUUUAGUUGUUGACGCACGCGCUCGCUUAAAUGGCAAACAGAGGACGAAGUUGCGCAAAUACUGUUUUGUACGGCAGUUUGUCGAUCAAAUAAUUGUAACGCAUGUUCGACGGUAGAAUUCUUCUCUAAUGCGUCUUCGAGUGCAAAUUAUUUUACUUACUUAAGCGUAAUCGUCGAGAAAGAAGAGAAGGGAGAAAGUUACAAAGAGAAUGAGUAAAUAGUGCUUGUAUGAUAGCAUGUUUUUUUAUGCUUAUAUACAUGCGUAGUAUCGGGAAUGGCAUUUAGUACUCAACAGUCAUCCAGCGUUAGUUUAUUGCGACUUUCAAACGUAUUUUGUGAAUCAAUUGUAUAUGUUUUUCGAUUGUUUGAAUUGCGAUCAAGCGGCAUUAUGUAGUUUCGUUUUACUGGACUACUCAUUACUAUAUGUUUGUUCCACGCAUUUCAAUGCUCAAAUAAGACAGCGCCGUAAUGAAAUUUUACUGCAUGCGUAUAUGUCAAAGAAACAUUUCGUUCUAGAUAAGAUUUUUAUCCGAACAGAUGGGAGACAGAGAAACAAAGCAAAAUAUUUCUAGUAAUAGACAAAUUCUUUUAUAUAU